AUGCCCCUGGUUGCCCCCCGCAUUCAAUUCAAGCCAGCGUGUAGCCCAGGCACCGCCAAGAUCAAGGAGCGGCUGCCGAGCGUGAGGAGCGGCAUCAGCGAGGCCAGCGGGGUGGAGUGCGCGGACCUGCGGCUGAAGGACGGAGAUGUGCUGGAGGUCGGGGCCCUGCGGCUGGAGGUCAUCGCGACCCCGGGGCACACCUCUGGCUGCGUGAGCUACCACCUGGCCAGCCACGGGCUGGUCUUCACGGGAGAUGCCCUGCUCAUCCGCGGCUGCGGGCGCACAGACUUCCAGCAAGGGGACUCGCGGCAGCUGUAUGCCAGCGUCCACGAGCGCCUGUUCACGCUCCCCGACAACACCGUGGUCUACCCCGCCCACGACUACCAGGGCCGCACUGCCAGCACUAUCGGAGAGGAGAAGGCCUUCAACCCGCGCCUUACUAAGGGACUGGACGAGUUCGUGGGGAUCAUGGCGGCCCUCAACCUGCCCUACCCAAAAGCCAUCGACCGCGCGCUGCCCGCAAACAUCAACUGCGGCGGCGACCCCCUGCCGGCCGCGGCGCAGGUGUGA